GUGCUCGUAUCUUCCUCCCCUCCGGCAGCUCCACUCCGGCCCCAGCGGAACCACUCCUCUAGCUCAAGAUCCAUGGAGUCCGACGACCACGGACGUGUAGCUCGCAGGCAUGAGAUGUGGUUCAGUGCUCCUGUGGGUGUAGUUCAUGAGCGCGUCGGCGACGAUGGCAUCAACGCAGUGCACUCCGGUAGUUGCCGUGGUGCACUCUGGUGGCCGUUGUGGUACAGCUCAGUGGCUGGCCAGGUGAGGUUUGCUUUUCCUCUGCUUGUGGUUAAUCUAAGCACGAGCUUCAUCACCUCGGUGCUUUUGUCGUGUAGCUUGGUGACGCGACAGGUGCAGUCAGCUGAGCAGACACUCUUCUCCAAGCGAGAAGAGGAGGGCGAUCUUGGUUCCUGUCCACGUGCAGUUUCAGGCGAUGCGCCCAUGCGGUGCGGAGCACAUGUGCAUGUAGUCCAUCGGCCAUGCGUGUAGUACAGGUCGCAUAGUGGUGUAAUUCAUCGCUGAACCUGUGUUGUAGUUUUAGGUCGCAUAGUGGCGUGUGUGAUGCAGUUUUGCGUCUCCUCUCGGGUGGACACAUAGCUGCACCCCAGAUCGCCCAGUACUGCAACCCCUUCCUUCCUUUACUUAUUUUUUGCAGGAAAGAAAGUGGUGCAUUUCGGUUGGAUGUCCCGUUGGAGUUUGACCUUGUGCCAUUUCAGAUUAUACUGUGCAGUGCGACAUGAGUUUCUCUGCUUGGGGUGCUCUGAUACAGUAUAUACUUGUACGGGUGUGUAAAAAAAUAUGAAUUUGUGUGUUGAGCAUUCUGAAGCACUGAUGUUAUUUUUUUACUUCGAGAAAACAUGACGUGGUCCAUUAUGUGGUGGUUGGUAGUUUACUUUGUCAGAAGGGAGAAAAAGAAAUUCACGUGAGAGGUUCACUUCUUUUUCGAA